AUGGAUGCCGAGUCCAAAAACAGGAAGCUGAGGGAGGCUGAGAGACUGAGAACAAGGGGAGCAUUUCCAUUUAGUCUGUUUUCGUCUCCCGACUAUGAUGCCUCAGCAGAGAUAUUUAUGGAGCUUGGCAACAUGGAGGAGCAGAUGUCUGAGAAGGUGAUGUUCUACGAGGAGGCGGCAAGGACUUAUGAGAUGGGAGAGGGAGAGUAUGGUAGGUACCAGGCGUCGCAGGUCUAUGAAAAGAUAGCACAGGUGUGUGAGGACGAAUACCCUGAAAAGUCGGUUGAUGCAUACAGAAAGGCGGGGAUGUACUCCAAGCAAUGCGGACGGGAGAGUUUGGCGGCAAUGAACUUCCAAAGAGCGGCAGAGAUACUGAAGAGGGAGGGGGAUCUUGUCAGAUGUUUGGAGUACCUGCAAAAGGUUGCAGAAUGCUACUGUGGAAGCAACUGGAAGCACCACAAGAGAAAGGCAAUGAGGGACAUUGCGUCCGUGUACAUAGAGCUUGGGAGGUAUGGAUCAGCGGCUAAGAUAUUCCUGGGGUUUGACGAAAAUAUAUACACCUUCUGUGCCUUUCUUUGCCAUGUCAUAGAGGGGUCGCCUUCAGACCUUGAUGUCAGUGGAGAUGAGAAAGAAGUGUGUGAUGCACUUGGGGGAGACCUGGGUGCAGCACGUAAAAGCAUAGAAGAAUACAUUACAACACAUGCAAUGGUUGGAGAGGUCAGGAAACUGCUCGAGAUUGUCAAGGAAAGGCUUCGGCCUGAGAACGACAUUCUGUGA